GCUGCCUCGGCAGGAGGCGGGGACGCGGAGCAGUGCCGAGAGAGCUUCGAGCUUCGUGGCUCCGGAAGCCCCGGGACGUGGCCGAGACCGCUAGGCAGGAAGACUGUCAUGCGUCCUUCUUACUCAGCUCCCACCAGAAAGGAGAAUUUAGGAACUAAGAUAGCUUUUAAAAAGGUGACCACCAUGAUCCCUUGGGUACUCUUGUUCUGUGCUCUCCCUUGUGCAGCUGACCCGCUGCUUGGUGCCUUCGCUCGCAGGGACUUCCAAAAAGGCUCCCCUCAACUUGUCUGCAGCUUGCCUGGCCCCCAAGGCCCACCUGGCCCCCCGGGAGCCCCAGGGCCCUCAGGAAUGGUGGGAAGAAUGGGCUUUCCUGGAAAAGAUGGCCAGGAUGGCCAGGACGGGGACCGGGGGGACAGCGGAGAGGAAGGUCCACCUGGCCGGACAGGUAACCGGGGAAAGCCAGGACCAAAGGGCAAAGCCGGGGCCAUUGGGCGGGCCGGUCCUCGCGGCCCCAAGGGGGUCAGUGGUGCUCCGGGGAAGCACGGCACACCAGGAAAGAAGGGGCCCAAGGGCAGGAAGGGGGAGCCGGGCCUCCCAGGCCCCUGCAGCUGCGGCAGUGGCCACGCCAAGUCUGCCUUCUCGGUGGCAGUGACCAAGAGCUACCCACGGGAGAGGCUGCCCAUCAAGUUUGACAAGAUCCUGAUGAACGAGGGUGGCCACUACAAUGCAUCCAGUGGCAAGUUCGUCUGUGGCGUGCCGGGGAUCUACUACUUCACCUACGAUAUCACCCUGGCCAACAAGCACCUGGCCAUCGGCCUGGUGCACAACGGCCAGUACCGCAUCCGGACCUUCGAUGCCAACACAGGCAACCAUGAUGUGGCCUCGGGCUCCACCAUCCUGGCUCUGAAGCAAGGUGAUGAGGUCUGGCUGCAGAUCUUCUACUCAGAGCAGAACGGGCUUUUCUAUGACCCUUACUGGACCGAUAGCCUCUUCACAGGCUUCCUCAUCUAUGCCGACCAGGACAACCCCAAUGAGGUGUAGAUAGGAAGGUGUUGGGUCUCCAGGGAGGUAACGAGAUCCUGGACUUCCGGAAUAAGACCCCUCAACUCUCUGCUGGGUGGGAGUGGGAACUUCCAGCCUCGGACAUUCCUCCUCUGCCCAUUUUUUCCUCCAUCAUUAAAUCCAAGCUUUUUUAUUCA